AUGAAAUUACUGCUUUUCUUCGUCACUGUGGUAGCCGUUGUAUGCACAUCAGCAGCACACCCUAUCGACGAUUCAACAGCAUCAUCAUCAUCAUCUAGACCAGCAAGCGGAUACCGCGUUGACUUUUAUCACAUCCAUCAUGCUGACAAUAGCGACCACCACGGCAAUUCGGAUGCGUCAACAUCAUCAAACACGCUCGUUCAAGUGGAUCGUUUUGCACAAUUGAUUGCCACGCAUUGGCAAUUUGAUCAUCUUGAUACCAUCAAAUCAGCAUGCUAUGACUACAUUGCGCAACAAAUGCGAGACCAUAUUGAAAUCUCGGUCCAUGGCAGCAGUAAUAGUAACAAUGACGACGACGACCCAACCUUAAUUGCCACAGCACCCGACCAACAUCCAUUAUCAGCAAUAUCAUCAAGCGAUGUCAUGGACCUUGAUAUCUUGCGUGCCCAAAUAUUUGGUGCCAUUCAAGCCCAUGUGGGCGGUCGAUUACCCAUCAUGUGGGAUGAGCUUGGCGAUAAGCUGGGUCGACCCGCCAUUGAGCUUUACGUGCGUAGGCUUGUUCUUAGCCAUUGUGAUAGUGUCAGCAAUGAUGAUGAUCACGUUGAACAUGCAUGUCUCGUUGAAUAUGGCCACCAAAUUCUUGCCGAGAUCGAUCGAUACGUGGUACGACAUCUCAUCAACUUGUUCGAUAUCAUGAAUGGCGAAUAUUUGGAACCCUUGUUACAACACACAGCCACAGACCUCCAUCAAGUGCUCGCCUAUUUUAAUACGGCUCUAUUUAGUCACGAGACAACUCGGCUAUCGCUGCAUGUGCUUCCUUGGAAACAAGCAGAACAACGCACACACCUUUACGACUUUGCUGCUUCUGCAAGCAAUAGCCCUGACCAUGCCUCCGACAUCAUCGGCUAUUACGCGAACUUGGCAAGGAUAUAA